AUGGCUAUUGACGUUGUGGAAGUGAUCGGACGUUUCGGAAUCUACCACGGAGUUCUGCUACUCCUGGGAUGUAUUCGGGCUUUCCCGGUCGCCUGGACGAAUAUGAUGACCCCCCUGAUGGCGGCCGACGUCGCCCACUGGUGCGCUCCCCCUGACGCAUCGAUCAACGAUUCUUGGUGGAGAGAGAACGGGAUCCCCCGCGGACAGUUUGGCGAGCUCGAGGAGUGCUCGAUGUUCCGAUGGACGUCGGAGAACGGACUCGAUACGAGCACGAUCACGAACUGCACCAACGGAUGGGCUUACGACAAGGGCGAGUUCGGAGAAACUGCGACUUCCGAGUGGGACCUUGUGUGCGGAGACGCAUGGAAGCGUUCCUUGAUGCAGAGCAUCAUCAUGGCGGGGGCGUGGUUCGGAUUGAUAGUCUUCGGUAGGCUCUCGGAUGACUACGGCAGGAAGACCGCCUUCAACACCAGUUUAAUAGUGAUGAUGGUCACCGGAAUUUCGGCGGCCUUCGUCAACGACUUCCUCGCGUUCAACGCCCUCCGUUUCUUCCUGUCUACCGCGACCGCAGGAGUUACUGCCGCGGCGGUCACCUUAUUCAUGGAAGUUAUGCCAGGCAAGGAUCGCAUUUUCAUGAACGUCGGCUUCGGAAUGGGAUUUGCCGUCCCCGUGAUGUUCAUUCCUCUGCUCUCCUACUACUUCUCGGAUUUCCGUCACAUGCAGCUGGCGAUCGGUUUCUCGGGUUUCCUUCUGGUUCCUUUCGUCCCGGUGCUCUGUGAGUCACCGAAAUGGCUCCUCGCGAAACACCGAGUCAACGAAGCCGAAAGAUCUAUCACUCGGAUCAUCAACAUGAAUAAUCGACCGAUGCCCGACAUGAAGACUAUCAUGCCAAAACUCGCUCGUCUGGCGGAAACUGAAAGCGCACAGAAGAGUAAGAAACUCGGCUUCAUAGACAUGAUGAAGGUUCCGAUUUUGAGACGUACGUCGCUGCUUCUGGGAGCGUUAUGGUUCAUGAACUCGUUGCGGACUUAUUACCUCGCAGUGAAUUCCCAUCGACUGCCCGGGAACCCCCAUGUGAAUUUCGCGAUUUCCGCUUUUGCCGAAUUCCCCGCGUCGCUCUUCGGGAUGAUCCUCAUACGGAAAUGCCGUCGAAGACUCUCUCAAUCUGGAUGUACGGUUCUCGCCGCCGCUCUGUUCGCGAUUGUGUUCUCUGUCAGUGACAGCAAUCAGUUCAUGAAGGUCUGGGGGAGUAUGGUAGCACGAAGUUUCCUGAAUAUGUUCAUCCUCCUGCAAUGGGUUCAGGUCCAUGAAGUGUUCCCGACUCCUGCCAGAGGAGCCGGAUUUGCUCUCGCGAUGAUGAGCUCCCGCGUUGGGGCAGGAUUCGCUCCUUUCAUCAAGAACCUCGCAGAUGCCACCUUCAAGAGCCUGCCGUUUUAUUUGUUCGUCAUCUGUUCGACUCUCGAUGUGCUCUUGAUCCGCUUGCUGCCGGAGACGCUGAACGAGCCCCUGCCUGAUACCAUUGAGGAUGCCGAAGAGCUCCUCGCGAAGACUCGGGCGCGGAAGAGUCAAGCCCCGAAUGCACUCAAGAAGCAGAUCAGCGACGAUCGAUUGUUUGAGAAGACCCCAACUCGAGCUGAUGUCCGACUGGAAUCCGAUUUGAAGAUCGCUGAACCGGAUUUCGGAUACGUUUUCGUGGAGUUUUCCUCUGUAUUUGGUGAACUCUCGCGUCCUGUCAAAUGCAAGCUCUGCGGAGAAGAUGUUUCGUUCGGACAAGUGAAGCGUAGAGGAUUGGGAUUCAAAUUAGAGGUCAGGUGCAGGAAUUGUGAACCCGAGCUGAUCAACUCUGGACCUCACGUCCGAAAUGCCUACCCAGUGAAUAGUCGGAUCGUUUUCGCGAUGAGGCAAAUCGGGGCGACGGAAGUUCCGCUGAGACAGUCUUGCUCGAAUUAUCGACAUGAACAAGCGACCGAUGCCGAACAUGGACUCCGUUAUGCUUCGACUAGCGUACCCUGCCGCGCUCCGCUGCGGCUCAAAGCAUCUGACCGAUUCGCUCCUUUCAUCAAGAAUGAUGCCACCUUGAAGAGCCUGCCGUUUUAUUUGUUCGUCAUCUGCUUGACUCUCGAUGUGCUCUUGAUCCGCUUGCUGCCGGGAGAGCUGAACGAGCCCCUGCCUGAUACCAUUGAAGAUGCCGAAAAGCUCCUCGCGGAGACUCGGGCGCGCAAGAGUCGAGCCCCGAAUGCACUCAAGAAGCAGAACAGCUACGAUCAGUUGUUUGAGAAGAACCCGACUAGAGCUGAUACUGCUACUGGCGCAGCCGACAGGAUCCUGAUGCCUCCCAUAACUCGCAAGUCCGCGAAUCCGAAUAAGGCUGUCAUGCGUCAGGAUAUCCUCAGUAAGUUUUGUCUCGAAAUAAUUGAGCAUACCAAAGAAGAAGGAUUCUUCGAGAAAAGCGCAGAAUGCGCAGCAUCCUACAUCAAGUUGGUGCAACACCGAACAGAACUCGCCAAUCUCAGAAAAAACGAUGCACAAGAGUCGAUUGAUUUGGCCACAGACUUCAUAGUUCAAGAAGAACUAGACCACGCCAUAAUUGUCACAUCGGAAAAACUCUACAAUGCCAUACCGAACGAGCAUACUCUAAAAUGA